GCGCUCCUACACUGGAGCCGGUCCGCUCAGUCAGGUACGACCAACCCGGUUCCGAUCAGACAGAUCAGAUUUGACCCUCCUACACUGCAGCCGGUAUUUCAACCCGACAGAGGCAGAGAGAUGAGAAACUCAGUACUCUGUCAGCUCUCAAGAAGUGCGGAUCGUGGCUUUAACACUUUGAAGUUUGUUUAAGUUUUGUUGUUGAUUAUUGUUUGAAUUUUACAAUGGACGAGGAUUUAGCGGAUUUUUUGUUGUUAGACAGGAAUUUAUUAUUAAAUUCAAACACGAGACAGUUUUGGGUACAUGAGUUUAAUGAAGAUCACACCCAAAGUGAGUUUUAUGUGACCUGUUUACCCUUACGUGAUCAUGCUGACAAAUUCAAGAAAUACUAUCGAAUGACUGUUGAAACAUAUGACUACAUACUGUCCCACAUCAAGGGAGAUUUACAGAAAUGGUCCAACUUUAGAACUUGUAUAGAACCUGCCGAAAAGCUAUCGAUUCUCUUGAGGUAUCUAUCAACAGGCAUGUCCUUUGAAGCAUUGAGCGAAACAUUUCGCAUGAGCAACUACACCGUCGGAAAAAUAGUCGAGGAAGUUUGUGAUUGCAUGUGGGAACAGCUUGCCCCAGUCCACUUACCAGUGCCUAAUAAACAAAGAUUUCUUGAAAUUGCAGCAGAAUUUAAGGAGAAAUGGAACUUUCCCAACUGUGUAGGUUGUAUAGACGGAAAACACGUGAGAAUAAAAUCUCCUGGGAAAAGCGGUACAAUGUUUUUGAACUAUAAGAAAUUUUUUUCAGUUAACCUUCAUGCAGUAGCCGACGCCAAGUGUAAAUUCAUAUUCAUAGAUGUUGGAGCGUACGGAAAGCAAAGCGACGGGGGAGUUUUCGAAGCAUCACCAAUAUCCAAGUUUUUUGAAAAUUUCUCAGAACAUUUGCCUGCUCCCUCACCGAUAGAUACCAGCAGUGAAACACUCAUUCCAUAUGUUCUGGUAGGCGACGAUGCCUAUCCAUUAAAAUCAUACAUAAUGAAGCCAUUCGGCCAACGAAAUUUGAGUGAAGAAGAGCGCAUAUUUAAUUAUCGAUUGUCAAGGUGCAGACGUUGUGUCGAGUGUGCAUUUGGCAUUUUAACUUCAAAAUGGAAAUUGCUCAGCAAACCCAUCGAAACAGAAGUAGGAAAGGCUGAGAAAAUCAUCAAAUGUAUGUGUCUUCUACAAAACAUCAUUAUUGACAGAGAUAAUAUUACCGUCAAUCCAGGAGUUCUAGAAAAAGGUCUACAGGAAUACGUACAACAUCACCAAAGGCCUAAUCUAGGUACUACUCGACGGUAUAAUAGAGCAACUACCGCUGCGAAGGAUGUCAGAAAUUUUUACAAAGAGUACUUCAAUGGCCUAGGAAGUGUUCCGUGGCAAGAUGAGAUGGUCUUCAAUGUUAACAAGUAAACAUUAGUAGGCUUACUGAAAAAAAAGUUUAAAAAAUAAUUAUGUUUGACAAACAUUUGCUUCCAAGAACUGUUUUACCAUUAUUACAUAUUUUUAGAUAUUGAUUUGUAGUUUUUUUAUACAUAUUUAAAUCGAUUAUAACAAUUAAAUUCAAUGUUGUAUUACAAUGUUUCCUUUAUUUAUUUUGAUCAUUCUGACAUUACUCCAUCAACAUAUACUGCAGUGGUAUAUACACCAUCCAGGCCCACCUUCGUGGAUCCACAAAUCACGCUGGGCACCCCUACCCCCAUUUGUCCCUACAUACAAUGUACAGCACUGCUAAGGUAAGAUCUUUAUAAUAAUGCAAAUUUUUCUUGUUUGAAAUUUUAGAAAAUAUACCAAAAAUCCUAAUAGGUUUAAGAGAACGAAUUCCGGAAUUUUGUGAAGUUAACCAAAUAACUGCGUUACCUUGUUUUUAAGGUAUUUUAACUGAAAUGACAAGUUGUCUACAGGAUGUCACAAAAGAACUUGAUAAGCUUUUUUGCUCAAGAGCUCAAAGCUCAAGUUUUGCAAUUUGAGAGCAAUAAUUAUAACUUGUUACGUAGGUAAACGAUAAAACGAAAAUGUAUGAGAACUGUACAGUACUUACCUUGGACAUUCAGUUCCUUGGCUACUUCUUCCCAUAACUUUGAUCGGAAGUCCCGAUUGUGAUAAAACUUAUCCCUUUGGUCCCAUAAUGUCGCUUUAUCGCGCACUAACGAAAUCAGUUUUCCUCUGUCUACCAUUGCACAAUAUCUAUUCUAAAACUUGACUACAAAUUAAAUAAACAGGAAUGACACGGUCCUACAUCGACUCUCGACUGGCCCGACGACUCCGACACGGACGAAAAAAAACAAACAGGUUUGGUUCUCGGCCGAUCCGUCUUUAGCAUCGCCCGACGCGUCCGUUUACCGGGACGGCCCGCCGGUGCCAGUGUAGGAGGGUACACUGCGCGUCUUGUGUUUGUUUACUUCAGACGCGAGCCGACCGAGCCGACCGUCAAAUCGGGAGAAAAAACGGGUCCAGUGUAGGAGCGCCC